GGAACCAAUAAGAAGGAUAUUAAGAAAACUUUCCUAAACCCUAAUCUCUUCCUAUCCUCUCAAUUCUCAAUCUCAACCCUCUAAAGGCGUCGGCCGAUUCUCUAUCUUUCUCUUAUCUAUCAUUUGGUAUCAGAGCCUCCAUGAGCUCGAUCGGCUCUCUGAUUUGGCCUGGACCUGUGUGCAUCAAUAGAUUGACGCCAUUCGGGCUGACCAAGCUCGAGUCGCACACGAACAAGGCCGGGAGGUUGUGGCUACCGCGGCGAUGAGACGAAGGGCGGUAACGCAGGCCGUGGAGGCGGACGGUGGGGUGCGGAAGUCGUCGACGGCGGGCAACCGCGGGGUCGGCAGUGCGGCGGAGUGAGUCGCCGCUGCCCGUAGCGGAUGACGGCUGGACAGGCGGAGCCUGGGACCGUUGCAAUGGAGGUGGGCAUGCGAUUGCUGGUAGAUGAUGCAGCGACUCCGACCGACAAGAAGGAGGCGGCGUCGACCGACGAGGAGGAGGUGGCGACGAAAGACGGCGGGGAGCCUCCUCGCGCGUCGCCGGAUAGGGAGAUGAAGGCGAAGAGCGACGAGGAACCUCCUCGUGCGUCGCCAGAGAAGACGAUGGACAGGAGGCUAGAGUGGAGGACGAGUACGGCGUUCCCCGUGGCGGCAUCGACCAAGGAGGACGACGUGUUUCUGCUCUCGCCAACCCUAAACCGCCCGCACAAGAACUUGCCCAGUCGGGCCGGGUCGAGUCGACUGGAUUUAUUUCGAGCCAAGUGGAGCAACAGAACGGGCCGCAUUUUUAAAAGGGAACUGGGCCACUCCUAUAUUGCCUGCUUGGGGUACCUUUGAGUGGGAUGAACUUAAAUAAAAAGAGAGGUGGGCUCCUUGGGUUUAAGGAGACAGGUCCAAGGAAUUUAGAGGAGAAGGAGGGGUGCAAUGGGCUUGGAGUCUGCCUAGUCUAAGGAAGGGGUAGCUUCUUGUGCUAGAAGUCUCAUGCGAGUAUGCAAUUGGAAGACGAGGAAGCGUAAGCAAGGAAAGAGUCCACGUGCGGAUGGCACGAAGCAUGCGGAGAAGUGGGUUUAAUUAGUCAACCUUGAGGGCAAGGUUGGUCUCAAGGGGGAUGGGAUGAUAGAAACCCAAUUCUUGGGAUUUAUCGUAAUAAAUAUCAUUACUAUAA